AUAAAUAGGAACAUCUCUCUCUUUAGUGAAAAAACAUAUAUAGAAGUUAAAUCUUAAUCUGAUUGAAUGAACAUAUCAAAUUCUGAAUGUAGUAGUGGUUGUGAAUCCGGAUGGACCAUGUAUUUUGAUCAAAAUUCCAACUAUGCAGGUCGAUACAACCCAGGUUUUGGCUGGCCAGUUGAUGAGGAUUAUCCAAAAGGAUCAGCUUACGCCAAUAAGGACACAGAAGGUGAAGAUCUGUCCAUGGUGUCUGAUGCAUCAUCCGGCCCUCCGAUUUUCAUUGAGUACAGCGAAUCUGCCGAUGGACGUCAAAAGAAGAACAAGCAGAAGAAGAAAACGAAAGACCAACCAAAUUUGCAUCUCGAUGAUACUGCUAGUUCCCCUGUCUUUCAUUUCUCCCAGGACCACGUAGGAUCUUUCAACAAUCAUACUGCAAAAGAAUAUGUCCCUUAUUUUUCACAAGGAUCAUCUGUUGCAAAUUUUGAGAAACUCCAAUGUCCCGGGCUGCUGCAGGGUGAAUCUACAAGGAAAAAGCAUUUAAAUUUCCUCAAAUCUUCAAAAAAAGGGAAAUCAGCAUCAGGAAAAUCACGUUUGAUGGGAAGAAAGAAACACCAAGAAAUGAAUGUGGAAGUAAAAGGAAAAAGGCAAUAGAAUUUCUGUGGUUCUUGUUUGUAUAUUUCAUUUAGUUUUUAUUUUUUUAUCUGUAAUAUUCUCCUGUCCAUGCAGCAGGGAACAACCUCAGGUCAUAAAUGUAAAAAAAAAAAUAAAUAAAUAAAAAAAAUAAAAAAAAUAAAAUAAAGUCUUUUUAGAAAUUUCUUCAAUUGUCUUACCUACAGGACUUUUAAAUUCAAGACGAGACACUUUUGAGGAGAUUUUGAUUAUUGUUAUUUUGAGUUUGCUUUAAUCAUGGGAAUACGAUUCGACUUUGAUCAUUAUGAACUAUUACUAAUUUAUAAUUCUGAACAAGCCAAUCUUUGAAAAUGAAAAUGACUCCCUUUUUUGUGAGAGUACAAGUGACAUUGGAAAGCUCCAUCCUUUCGAUCCACAGUUUUCUAACAAGCUUGUUUCUUUGCUUCCAAGUGCAAGUGCUAGCGAUAGAAGCUAAUCAUUACUAACUUGUUGGACAUGUCACGACUGUACAUUUACUUCAACGGGAUUGAUUGCGAAUUGUUACUCAUGUUAGUAAGGUACUUGAAACAAUGAUGCAAGUUAUUUCUUGCCCUAAUAAAUAAGGACAUGUUUGAAAAGUAAAUUUAGUUAAAAUUUACUAAUUUAAAUGUUCAGAAUUUUGUAAGAGUUACACAAGAUUGCACAUUCUUGUCGGCACAUAUGAUUGAAGAGUUGUGAAUAUGUUCUACUCAAAGAAAUGCCAGCAUAGCUAUAAAUGAAAUGAGUUGGACUGAGGUGACUAAAUUUGGUAUUGUAAAUUAUUUAAAAACUUGAUUCUUUUGUAUUUCUGUUUUCUACCGAAACUCCAAAACGGACACACCCCACCACUAUUUUGUCUGACCUGUACUCUCUCUCUCAUAUAUACACACGUAUACCAUCAAUUUUUAAUUAUAUAGCAAAACCUAUCAUUCAUUCCAUUUUGGCCAUUGAAUGGUGGAUUCACCUCAUCUUUAAAUGACUAAAAAAAUAGUAAAGUAAUAAAACAAUAAAGGGCUGUUUGAUAGGCAUGAAUUUUUCAUGGAAAAUGGAAUUCAAAUUCCGACUUAUACUUUUUGACUGUUUGAUAGGUUUUUUUUCCAUAGAAUUGAUUUUCUUGGUU